GUCGUGGUGCAAGCAGCAGCCAUGUUGCCGUGAGCUUGUUCCGGUAUCAGGGCAGGAUCGUGCGCAUAGACUGCAUUCGGGCGCAGCUCCUCGCCUCUCUCCCCCUGUCGCCCGUGACACGCACCUCCUAACAAGCAAACCUCAGUUUACCGAUAAUGGAUUUUACUACUUGAUGAUUCCUCCUUCAGUCGACUGGUUACGGAAACGGCAGCAGUCGGUGUACCGACAGGACGGACUGGUAUAUCGCCACACUGCAGUGCAGCACUGGUGAACGACCUUAUUCCAAUCACGCAACACAAGGAAGAGCGCCGGUGAUUUCCGUGGAUUUUGAGUUUCGUGGGUCGCUCUGUGGCAGUCACUGCCGCGGCGGCCACAGGAGGAGAAGCUAACCUAGCUAGCUUUUCUCCGAAAGAAACAGUGAAUUAGUUCGCUACAUGGGCUAAUAUUGGCCAGUCAGUUAACGUUAGCUAGCGCAGCAAAAUAAUUCGUGUUUCUCCACUGCCAUGUGACAGUUUUACAUGGUGCUGCUUUUAUUUUUGAACACCUUACCCUGGAUAUCUCGCUGGGAACAUUUCUGAAUUGUUUUGUGUGAGUUGGGAAGGUCGAGACCUCGCCGGGAAUAACUUUGGCCUGAAAGUUUUGUAGACCUCGGACCUGGUUUCAGCCCUGAAAGGAAACAUCUCUGCCACAGAAAGAGAAAAACAGGCGUCGACAGUGCGUUUUGAAAACGAAGCUGGAUGAACGUUUGUUGUAGUUCGGCGUAUUUUCGGCGACAGUCGGCGCUUCCUCAGACGUUAGUUAGCAACCUUACAGGUUAGCAUGCUAGCAACCUAAUUGAACCGUGUCUUGUUCAUUACAACCGUUGCUCAACUUUUCUUCAAGCUAGCCCAAGAAGCUAGCUGGCCAAAACGUCACGGCAUCAGGCUGGUAUUGGCUCAGUGGGCACCGUCGACGCUGAUAAAUGUUAUUUGGGAACUGAAUGUUUUCACACCCUGACCGAAGCUAAAGAAGGCGUUUGUUUUUUCCCGUUUUGUGCUUGUUGUCAACAUGGGACGUGCCGUUGCUGCUAGCUAGUUUCUAGCUAGCUGGCUAACUCGGCUAGCCGCUGAUGUGGGAUUCAACUUGUUGAUUCACAGGCUAUCUGUCGCGCUGCUAGCUGGCUAGCACUGGACAUCUGUUGGAAAAUUCCCGUCUGCUGUCAGCCAGACAGGUUUUAAAUGUACAAUAGACACUGAAGAAUCGUUCUUGUUUUACUGCUCCUUUCCCCUUUUCUGGCAACUUAAAGACUUUCAAAAAUGUCAACAAGGAUCCCACUGGUACAAGUCAUUGAAAACUCGACCGGACAGAGCCGGGAAAAAAGGAAUCACCGCGAAGACGGAGGGAGCAAGAGAAAAGGAAGGAGGGAUGAAAGAGAUACAAACCAACAUCGAGACAGAGGGCAGGAUUCAGGGUGCGACAAAUCUCCAUGGCAACACAGCCAUCACGACCUCAAGUCGGGAGGGGAGUCCAAGUCAUCUGGCCGCUCCAGCAUGCCGCGAUGUCGGAAUUCCUUCUCCACGACCACAUCAGAUGACCAGCCACAUAUUGGUAACUAUCGGUUGCUAAAAACCAUCGGCAAAGGCAACUUCGCCAAGGUCAAACUGGCACGACACGUCCUCACCGGAAAAGAGGUGGCUGUAAAGAUCAUUGAUAAGACACAGCUCAACUCCUCCAGUUUGCAGAAGCUCUUCCGAGAAGUGAGGAUCAUGAAGAUGUUGAAUCACCCCAACAUAGUCAAGCUCUUUGAGGUGAUAGAGACAGAGAAGACUUUGUACCUGGUAAUGGAGUACGCUAGUGGAGGAGAGGUCUUCGAUUACUUGGUUGCCCAUGGCAGGAUGAAGGAGAAAGAAGCCCGUGCCAAAUUCAGACAGAUUGUGUCAGCGGUGCAGUAUUGCCAUCAGAAGUGUAUAGUACACAGAGACCUCAAGGCGGAGAACCUGCUCUUGGACGCAGACAUGAACAUCAAGAUAGCAGACUUUGGCUUCAGUAAUGAGUUCACUCUGGGGAACAAGCUGGACACGUUCUGCGGCUCCCCGCCCUACGCUGCCCCGGAGCUCUUCCAGGGCAAGAAGUACGACGGCCCUGAGGUGGACGUCUGGAGCCUGGGGGUGAUCCUCUACACACUGGUCAGCGGCUCGCUGCCUUUCGAUGGACAGAACCUCAAGGAACUGAGAGAGCGCGUGCUGCGUGGUAAAUACAGGAUUCCUUUCUACAUGUCCACGGACUGCGAGAACUUGCUGAAAAAGUUCCUCAUCCUGAACCCCUCCAAAAGAGGCAGCCUGGAGCAGCAGAUAAUGAGGGACCGGUGGAUGAAUGUGGGCCAUGAGGACGAGGAACUUAAACCCUACAUCGAACCCGUGCCAGAUUAUAAGGACCCCAGGAGGACAGACAUGAUGCUGCAGAUGGGAUUCUCUCAGGAGGAGAUCCAGGACUCGCUGGUGAACCAGAAGUACAAUGAUGUGAUGGCUGCAUAUCUGCUACUGGACUUGAGGCACUGUGAGCUGGAUGAAAUUGGCAUCAAGCUCCGGCCAGGAAGUGAUGUACAGCGCAGUGUGUCGUCCAUCCAGAAGCCUCAGAACCGCAGAACCACCGAGCAGGGCUCCUCCUACUCCAAGAGAGGGGGCCAAGCAGACAACCGGACUGCGGGGGAGGAUUCUGGGAGGAAAGGUUCAUCAGGCAGCUCCACUACCAAGGUGCCGGCCAGCCCCCUGUCCACCUCAGACCGGAAGAAGAGCGCCACACCCUCCACCAAUAGCAUCCUGUCGACCGGUACUGGUCGCAGCCGGAAUUCUCCUCUGACUGAGCGAGCCACGCUGGGCCAGGGCAUCCAGAACGGCAAGGACAGCCUAAACACUCCGGGCUCCCGUGCCUCCACUGCGUCGGCUGCUGCCGUCCUCUCCUCCUCCUCCUCGCGUCCCCGCCACCACAAGUCCCUGUCCUCCUCCAAUCAUCCAUGCCCCUCUGACCUGCACGCACCACGGCCCAGCGCCCCACCUCAGCGGGCGCCUGGCGCCUCCCCAUCUGCCCACAACAUCAGCAGCGCUGCCGUGUCAGACCGUCCCAACUUCUCCCGAGGGGUGGGCAUCCGCAGCACAUUCCAUGCAGGCCAGCAGCGGGGUGCCCGGGACCAGCAGAGCUCCGCCUACCCUGGCGGGCCCGCUUCCCCGUCGCUGUCACAUGGCAACAGCCAGGCCCGGAGGACACACGGCGCCACAGGGAUUUUCAGCAAGUUCACAUCCAAGUUUGUACGCAGAAAUCUCUCGUUCAGGUUUCCGAGAAGGAGUCCGUAUGAGGGAGAGGGUCGGGAUGAGGGGAGCAGGUCCAUGCUGAGCAGUACAGUGGACAAGUCAGAGAAGACGUCUGGCGGUGUUCUCUCCUCCUCUUCUAACAACGAUGAGAACAACUCGUCACCAGGAUCUGGUAAUACUGGUGGCACCGGCACGCCUCCGGCCAUCGGCGGCCAGAAGGACUCAGCCAAGCCACGCUCGCUUCGCUUCACCUGGUCAAUGAAAACCACGUCCUCCAUGGAGCCCACGGAAAUGAUGCGCGAGAUCCGCAAGGUGCUCGACUCCAACUGCUGCGAGUACGAGCUGCGCGAGCGCUACAUGCUGCUGUGCGUGUCGGGGAACCCGGCCCGUGAAGACUUCGUCCAGUGGGAGAUGGAGGUGUGCAAGCUGCCGCGGCUCUCACUCAAUGGCGUGCGCUUCAAACGGAUCUCGGGCACGUCCAUCGCCUUCAAGAACAUUGCCUCAAAGAUUGCCAACGAGCUCAAACUGUGAGUGCGGAGGAGCAGCGAGGAGAGAUGAGAAGGGGGCGGGGGAGUGAUAGCGAGGAUGAUGCUGUAAGCGUGGUGGCACUGUAGAGGUCAGGAGGUAAGCUAAAGGGUGGGAUCACUUUAAAAAUGAACGCGAUUGUUAUCUGGACAAAGGUCUGAAGUAGGGCUAUCGGUUCUCUGAGACUAGAAAACGUUCCUUUUCUAGUAGUUUUGUUCCUUAAGUUCCUGAGGCUCUGCGAUUAGAAACUCUGAGUUGAUUUCUUCUGAAUUGUGAAGUACUUAUAGACCGAGGUCUUCUCUCUUCCCUGCUGUUUUUUUUUAUUUUUUAUUUUUUUUUGUCACGUUCUACUUAGACGUUCCACUCUUCUGCAUGUCCGAUCUGCUCUCUCUGUUUUGUAGAAGUCACACUUUGACCACUCCUGUCACUUCUUCCUGCUAUUUAUUCAGUUUUUCUGCACGGUUCUGCCGCCCGGUCUUUUUGUGUAGAGGGGAACCAGGUAAAAGAUGAGGGUUGGAUGGAUGGACAAAGAGAGCGUUCUACUUUCUCUCUAACAAGCAGUGCUGAUUGACAGAAUAUUUGGAGCCUUAUUUUGCUGGAAAAACUCGAAGGAGUUUUGAUUGAAUUUGUUUCUCCUCCAAAGCUGAACGGACUCCCAACUGAGCCAGGAUUUUGGUUGCUGAAGCCCACAGUCUCUCGCUCACACACACACACACACACACACACACACACAAAUGGACUGAACUCUGCUGUUGUUGGUUAAAGGACCCUCUCCACCCUCCACCUGCCUGACCACACUUCCCCUUCCACCCCAAAAUAUACAUUUCCACCUGAUCCAUCCUUCCACCACCUCCCUCCUUCUCACACACACAGACACGCACACCACCCUCUUCCUCUAAUUUCAAACUGAACUCAGCACAAACACAUCCAUCUCUUUUUCUUUGCCUCUUCACUCCCGUUUUCUUCCUCAUUUUUUAAUUUCUCUCACGGCAUCAAGUCAGAGCAGGCCAGUCAGACUUGAUGUCGUCGUCGAUUGUUCGGGCUUCAACCCUUCAAGUCCUUACUUGUAUUGUUUAUUUUUAUUUUAGUUUCUUCUUCUUUUAUGGCUUUUUAAAAAGAGUUGUGCACUGGAAAAGAGAGGCAUAUGGGGAAACUGGGGCGGGAAGGGGCAGUUCAUGGACAGGGUUGUCGAUGGAUUUUUAUGUUGCCUUUCUUUAUAGAAGUAAAUUUGGGGUUUUGUUUUUGUUGCGUACGUUCAGCACAUAAAUGCCCAAAUGGUUUAAUUGUACUUAUUUUGUUAAUGUUGCUAUCGCUUUGGUUGGCAUCACGCCUUCAAAUCCAGAAUGUCAACCCUGAACCGACGCAUUUCAUUGGCCCGCCUCCCCUCUCUGCUACACGUUCCCAAGGAGCGCACACACAAAAAGGUGUCUCUGGCAUAUGUAACAAACAUUAUGUGUGUGUGGGUGAGAGUGUAUUAUGAAAGAUCACUGGAAGGAAGAAAAAAAAUCAACAAGGAUGACGACAAAUGUUGAAUUAUUUUCUUCUUCUGCUUUUGAUUUGGUAAUAUGUUUUUGUGUCAUUGAAAGUUUUUGGGUUUGUGCCGAUUUGGACGGUGUGUGUGAAGAAGGCUCGGAUCAUAUCAUUGCUGCCUUUUCGGUAUAGUGCACCUUUAACACACACGCACAUUUAGCACACCACACAGCUCAUGUAUUAAACCCCCCCCCAAGUGCAGACAAGAGUUAUCGAUGUAUUUAAUGAUGUUGAUGGUGACGACUACUGCUCGUUCAUCUUUGACCAUUUUUUUUUUUUUUCUCUCAUCAGUUUGCUUUUAUUUACGUUUUCUGUAAUUGGUACAGAAUGGCGUGAAGCAGAGAGAGAGAAAGCAGGAAACGUUUCUUCGCCGAAACGUUCUCAUAUCGGAGCACGCGUUCACGUUGAAAACAAACCAGAAGAAGCCACUUCCUCUCUCUCGCUCUCCCUCUUUGCGUUGAUGCUCCAGUUUGUUGAAAAAGAAAAACACACACAGGGGUUAGAGAAAGGGGGGCCAGGGGUGAUGCUGGGUCCCAUCAGCUGGUUGCACCUAACUGAACACGUUUUUUUCUUUCUAUCACAAUGACACACUGUCGUUUUAUUAUUUUUCUUUCAGUUUUUAAUACGUCAGAUUUUUCUUUAAAAGUUGAUCAUUGUAUUAAGGUGCUGGGUAUUGGAUUCUAAUUAUUCUGGCUGUUGCUGUUAUAUUAUCUCUUUCAGGGUUGAUUUUAUUUUACAUUAUUUUGUUUUACAUUGCUGUAAUUUACAUUGAUUUUAAAUGUGUUUUGAGCAAACUGUAUCUGUAGUGGUGGGUUUGGGGUUGGGAGGGGGUGAUCAACUCCUGAAAAAUGUAUUAUGUUUGUUUUGUUUUUUUUUGUGCAAAGACAAAAUGAUGAAAAAUUAC